GAUCAUGUUGGUGGUUCAGUUGGUCAGUCUAUUGCUGGUGGUUUUGGCUAGCCAGGCAAACAGUCUGAAAUGGAAGAAAGAUGUGCCCGUUUUCGUGAAAACUCUAUGGGAUCUACAUCGUGGUCCACCCCAACAGAAGGGGAUUAGUCUAGACAAGGCUACUGAAGAAUGGAUCACACAGCCACUUGAUCACUUUGAUGAAAGCAAUGAGAAGACUUACCAAAUGCGCUAUUUGAUCAACGAUGAAUUCCAAACUGAGGGCAGUCCAAUUUUCAUAUAUUUGGGCGGUGAAUGGGAAGUCAGCCCUGGCAUGAUAGAAAAGGGUCAUUGGUACGACUUGGCCAAGGAACACAAGGGCCUUUUGAUCUACACAGAGCAUCGUUAUUAUGGAAACAGUGUGCCAACAGAGAAAAUGACCGUGGAUGAUUUGCAGUAUUUGCACGUCAAGCAGGCGCUUGCCGAUGUCAAGCAUUUUAUCACAACCCUUAAAUCGGAGAAUGCACAGCUCGCCAAUUCGAAAGUAUUGUUAGCUGGUGGCUCCUACUCUGCCACAAUGGUUGUGUGGUUCAAACGACUCUAUCCCGAUUUGGUGGUGGGUGGCUGGGCUUCCAGUGCGCCUCUGCUCGCCAAGGUAGACUUUUUCGAGUACAAAGAGGUGACAGGUAAAGCCUUUGCGGAGCUGGGUGGCCAGAAGUGCUACGACCGCAUUCAGAAGGGCAUAGCCGAUUUGGAGUACAUGUUUGACAACAAACGUUCGGCUGAGGCACGCUCAAUGCUGCGCUUAUGCAGCAGUUUUGAUCAUGAAAACGAUUUGGAUAUGUGGAACUUGUUUGGCAGUAUUUCCAAUGUCUUUGCGAGCUUAGCACAGUAUCAACAACCGGGUGAAAUCGAUUAUUAUUGUACUUUUCUGCUGACUUUCGAUGAUGAUGCCACAGCCAUUGCCAAUUUUGUAUACUGGGCUUGGGGCUAUGAAACGUGCACUGAUGCACGCUAUCAAGAAACCGUUGACUAUUUUCUGAGCGCCAUUGAGGAUUUUGGUGCGGCUCGUCCAUGGUAUUAUCAGACUUGUAACGAGUAUGGUUGGUACCAAUCGUCACGUUCACUUAAGCAGCCAUUUGGUACCAAGUUCCCUGCCACGUUUUAUAUUGAAAUGUGCAAAGAUGUCUUUAGCUCCAAGUACGGUAACGAAAUGAUCCAAAGCAAUACUGCACAGACAAAUCUGGACUUCGGUGGUAUGGAACCCAACGUUGAGAACGUCUAUAUGACACACGGUGAACUAGAUCCCUGGAGUGCCAUAGGUCAUGGCGUUGCCGAAGGAGCCACGGUUAUUAGCAAGGCCUCGCACUGCAAUGACUUCGGCUCCAUUAGCCCCAGCGACAGCAGUGAGAUGCGCGCAUCUAAGGAGCGCAUUGCUGAACUAGUUCGAGAAUGGUUAGCCUAACUAUUAUGAACAAAGCAAUAUUUUAUUGCUAUGUAAUAAAAUCUAUAAUCUACUC